AUGGUCACGACUUCUGGCUUCAGCCACACCCCGGUCGCGCGCCUUCUGAUCCUCACCUCGGUCGGCCUGUCCAUUCUCGUGUCGACGCUCUCGAUCCAGUACCUGCUACCCAUACGCCCACACCCGCAUCUGUGGCCGUACCUGCAAUUUUCCCGCCUGCUCACCUACCAGGCCGCCCACACGACCUCGACCGAGCUGCUGUUCUCCGCCGUCCUGCUGUACCAGUUCCGCGUGCUCGAGAGGAUCUGGGGCAGCCGCAAGUUUGCGAGCUUUGUCGCCGUCGUGUUUUGGUGCAAUGUCCUGGUCGCGCCCCUGUUGCUCCUGCUGCUGAAGCUCGUGACCCUGGGCUGGUAUAAUUAUCUGCCGAGCGGGUCGACGGGACUCGUGUUUGCGCUGCUGAGCGCCUGGGCCGACGAGGUGCCGCGCCUCUACAGGUACAAGAUUGCCACCACGGGUUCUCCGGCCACGACGGGCGGCCAUAGUGGGCGGCAGCAGCAACAACAUCAACAUCAACAAGUUCCCGGUGUGGUCUUGAGUGACAAGUCGACCACCUACCUGCUGGCGGCGCAGUUGGCUCUCAGCCAGUUUCCGUACUCCAUCAUGCCUGCGGCCGUAGGCUGGACGGUGGGCACGGCGUGGAUGGGCGAGCUGUUGCCCGGUGGACUGGGGAGAUGGAGGAUUCCCGCGUGGAUGGUCGGCGAAUCGAGCAGGAGGAAAGAAAGGGACCGCUACGAAGGCCUGCGGCGCAGGUUAGAAGAGGAAGGCGGUUCGGCAGACGGGAUGAGGACUGUGAGCGACCGCAUUGGAGCUGCUGCUGGAGGCGAGCAGGAGAGUCGAAGGCGAGGCGGCUUCGGGAGACAGAUAUUGGGUUAUUUCACUGGAUCUUCUUGA